AUGAAUCCUACUUACAAUGACAGAGCCUCUGUGGAUGGAACCACAGCUACACUGGUGCUCAGGGACCUGACUCUCAGUGACACUGGGGAGUACACUCUGAGCAUUUCAUUUGGUGGUGUGCUCAGCAAUGCAGCCACGACACUAGCAGUAUUUGAGAGAAUCUCCAGUAUGACACUAAUAGCCAGUGAGACUGAGCUGGUGGAGUUCAACAGCUCUGUCACUCUCACAUGCUCUGCCUCUGGCUCCUCCCCCUCAUUCCAAUGGUUUAACAGGAGUGAUGAGGUCACCGGAAGUGAUGGAGUUCUGAUUGACGAUGGGACACUGACGAUAAUGAGUGUGACGCGCUUUGAUACUGGGCCAUACAAGUGCAAUGCAUCAAACAUUGUCAGCUCUGAAAUCAGCCCUGAAGUCCAUCUAACCAUUGCCAAUGGUCCAGACAAUGCUGUCAUUACAGUGACACCUCCAGCUGAGUUCUACAUCUCAGGCUCUUGCAUCGUCUUGUCCUGCUCCUCUGAGUCCGGCCCUGCUGCCCAGAUCCAGUGGGCUCUGAAUGGAACCCUGCUGGGUAAACAGGGACCAGAACUCAGACUGGAGAAUGUUCAGGCCAAUCAGAGUGGAGAAUACACCUGCUGGGCCCAUAAUAGUAAAACACAGAGGUACACAUUAUCAUCACCAACAAGCAUCACAGUGCUGGGUAAGCCAUAG